UGGGGAAUCCUCAACUGUGGUAACGGGAGACAAAUUCGUUGACCCCCUAGUCUUCCCUUCAACAGAGGCGGGAAGAGAGAGAGAGAGAGAAUGGAAAGAUCCAAGAAGAACGCUCCUUCUCCUUUGGCACAACAUCCAAGGUCUAUUGCAGACGAUUUCAACCCCUUCGCAAGUCUUUCUUUAAUCCCAUACAUUACAAGUUAGGACCAUCGCUGCUGCUGCCACCACAAUUCGGAAUACCGCUAGGCUCUGCUAAGAGACUGUUUUGAUCUUCUUCCUCGAUCAAUCUAGUCGUCAGACGAUACAGAUAUGCCAGAUUCCCAAUGUGAAGAACCCAUCACUGAUUUCUUCAACCAGUGGACUGAUAAGUUCUCCAGAAGCACCAGACCCACGAACAAUGAUCUGGUCCUAGAUAUCAGUGGCAAUCUGAAAGAAAUUGAGAAAUCCAUUGCUUCAGUCACCCAAUGGAAGAAAGAAGUAACCGAAGUUUUCAGAAAACUGAGCCAAGACCUCGAACCAAAGGUCCCCGGAAACCUCAGAUACAUCGCUAAGAAUGUCAAUAAAAUCAAGAGGGGAACUACAAAUACUGUGAAGCUUCCCAGAGUAGAGCUCAUUAAGUCAGAACCCAAUAAUCACAGACAAUUAACAACCUGGAAGAAGCUCAAGUCGGAGGAGACGAUAAUGGCAAGCCCAGGUAUGGCCAUGGUGAAGUCUACCUACGAUGGUUUAGAACCUCGGGUGAAGCUCUGCUUCCUCUGUCUUUCUAUAUUCCCGGAGAAUUUAGCCAUAAGGAAGAGAUCUUUGAUCUACUGGUGGAUAGGGGAAGGGUUUGUCGAUGGCAAGAACGCUGAGCAGGAAGCAGAGAAAUGCUUCAAGAAACUAUGUGACAGUGGCCUUGUAGAAGGCAUCUAUAGACAAUACAGCAGAUCACCUCAUAGCUGCAGAUUGCAUCCAUGGAUUCGUUGGAUGGCCAUCGAAAUUGCAAAAGAAACCAUGUUCUUCGACUUCGAUUUGAAUGGAAAGCCAAUCCCAUAUCCCUCCAAUUGCACACGGCGUGCUUGUGUGGCGACGUCUAGAGGAGAAAAAGAAGAAGAAGAAGAAGAAGAAGAAGACGCAGAGCUACGAGCAGAGAAGGUUAAUCUGGAGCCAAAUGCGAGCAAAUUGCGUUCUCUGUUCAAUGUAGAUGUAAACUGCAUCGAAUGUGAUGAGGACGAAUUCAAGAAGCUGAAGGAACUUGUGACUUUGCAGCUAGGACGAUGGAGUACCGCACCUGAACAUCACAUUGAACUGCUAAACCCAACCUUCCUCGAUCAUUUGAAGCUAUUGAAAAAGCUAAGGUAUUUGGGUCUUCAGGGAAUUUCAAGAAUAACAGAGCUUUCAGGGAUUCAACGGCUUAGUGAAUUGAGGGUUUUGGAUCUCAGAGCAUGUCAUAAUUUGGAGAAAUUGCCCGCAGAGAUAGCUUCACUCAAGAAGCUAACGCACUUAGAUGUUUCAGAAUGCUACUUGCUUGAGUAUAUGCCAAAGGGUCUCGGAGAACUUCCAGAACUUCAAUUGUUAAAUGGGUUUGUAGUGAAUAUUUGGAGAAAGGAAGCCUGCGACCUCCGUGAAUUAACCAAUCUGAAUAACCUUCAGAAACUCAGCAUAACAGUAGGCAAGGAUGCCAUGCAGGUCUUGGAUCCGAAUGAAGAAGUUAAAGAUGGGGUCUUGGAACCGAUUGGAGACAUUACAGGUCUGCAAUCUCUUAGGAUAACUUGGGGAUCUACCAUAGAAAACAAAAAAUACAGAACACGAAAGAUGAUUGCCAGGUUGUCCGUAGUUACAAAAGCAGUCAUGAGGUUUAAAAGAGUUCUAAGCAGGGUUAGGCAGCCUGUGCCUGUGCCUGCUCCUGACCACGACGGAGACGGAGCUGGAGCUGGAGCUGGAGCUGGAGCUGGAGCGAGGUUGUCUAUAAUUACGAAAGCACUCAUGAAAUUCAGAAAAGUUCCAAGAAGGCUUAGGCUGGCUUUAAGGACUCCCCCUGAGCAGCCACCAUUGUCUAAGAUCACCCUUUUUCUUCCUCCUUCUCUCACAAAAUUAGAUCUCCAGUGCUACCCUGAAGAGGAGCCACCGAGGUUUAUAAGGAAAGAACCGCAUGAGAAAAAGAAGAGCUUGGAAAAGCUUUAUUUUAGGGGAGGUUGGUUGAAAAGCCUAAGAGGGAUUAAAAAUGAAGAGGUUUCAGAAGUGAAGUUUAUCCGUCUAGGCUUCCUAAGAAAGGAUUUCGAUAUGAAAAAGGAUGAUUUCAAGACAAAAUUCCCAAGUCUACAAAACCUACAGGUGGUUCCCAGGAAAGAUGGAGCCGGCACCAGCUCCAAUUGUACGUUUUGAUCGUAAUUUUUAGUUGUUUUAUGUGUUUGCUGCUUUAGUUUCUUCUCUGCAAUUUCAUCGAUGUUGUAAUCAGUCAUGACUCAUGAGUCAUCUCUUAUGCUCAAUCAAGAUCGAUGUCAAGUGGAUCGGGUUAACAGGA